AUGGCUGGCUCUAGUCGCAUUGGCUUCAUGGCCAUUGCGGUCGCUUUCCACUUGGUGUAUAUACUUUCUAUCUUCGACAUCUACUUCGUUAGCCCAAUUGUCACGGGCAUGCAACUUUUUGGAGUCGAGCGCCCAGCAGAUUCUCCCAAAGCACCCGCGGACAGACUUGUGCUUUUCGUUGGUGACGGACUCCGUGCAGACAAAGCCUUCCAAGCCCACCCCGAACCUUACCCCGAAACCGAUCAAGACCUUGUUCCACGCCAUCUGGCUCCUUACCUUCGCUCACGAGUAUUGGAACAUGGAACCUUUGGUGUUUCCCAUACACGCGUUCCAACAGAGUCACGGCCAGGCCAUGUGGCCCUCAUUGCUGGCUUGUACGAGGACGUCUCGGCUGUUGCGACAGGAUGGAAGAUGAACCCCGUCAACUUUGAUAGUGUCUUCAACCGCAGCCGGCACACAUGGAGUUGGGGAAGCCCUGAUAUCCUCCCCAUGUUCCAGCACGGUGCUGUUCCGGGCAGAGUCGACGCUUUCGCAUACGGGGCCGAGCUUGAGGACUUCUCCAAGGAUGCAACGGAGCUUGACUACUGGGUUUUUGACCAUGUUAAGGAUUUCUUUGCUGCAGCUGCCACGAACGAGACGCUCAACACCGCACUUCGUGAGGAUAAGGUGGUUUUUUUCCUUCAUUUGCUGGGUCUCGAUACCACUGGACAUUCCUACCGACCAUACUCCAAAGAAUACCUUCACAACAUUAAGGUGGUGGAUCAAGGUGUCAAGGAAAUUGUCGAGCUUAUUGAAGGCUUUUAUGCCGAUGACCGGACUGCCUUUGUGUUCACCGCUGAUCACGGCAUGUCAGACUGGGGCAGCCAUGGCGAUGGCCAUCCUAACAAUACCAGAACUCCUCUCAUCUCAUGGGGUUCUGGUGUUGCGGCCCCUGAAUUGCACCCUGACAGUGUUGCGCCUGGUCAUGAUGAACUCUCUUCUGAUUGGAACCUGGACCAUGUACGCAGACACGAUGUUGCCCAAGCUGACGUCGCCGCUUUGAUGUCGUAUCUGAUCGGUGCCGAAUUUCCUGCGAAUGGUGUUGGUCAACUCCCCUUGAACUUCCUUUCUGCACCUAUCAAGGAAAAGGCGGAGGCUUCCUUGGCCAACGCCCAAGUCAUCCUCGAGCAGUAUCGGGUCAAGGAAGAGAACAAGAGGAAUGCAGAGCUUCGCUACCAGCCAUACGGACCGCUAAGCGAGGACAAGCUUGGUCCAGAGUUACGUAUCGCUCACAUUCGCUCGUUGAUCGAAGCUGGCUCCUUUGAGGAGGCUAUUGAAGAAUCAGAUGCUCUGAUGUCGAUUGGUCUUCAAGGUUUGCGAUAUCUUCAAACUUACGACUGGUUAUUCCUCCGUGCUUUGAUCACUGUUGGUUACCUGGGCUGGAUGGCCUAUGCUACCACAACUGUCCUUUCUCUGUAUGUGGUGCAGGAGAGCACACCUCCUCAACGCACAUUGCUUGGGUCUGCUUUCUUUUUAUCAGUCCUCGUUGCGCUCUACUCAUCCUUUAUCGUUUCUAAAUCUCCUCCCGCGUACUACCUGUAUGCAUUCUUCCCUGUCCUAUUCUGGGAAGAGGUCUAUGCGCAUAGGGCCAACGUUGUUAAAGGUUCCCACGCUUUGUUUGGUCAUGUCAGGUCUGGCGGUGCCGUGAUCGCACUUGUGUUCAAUGUCGUUCUCUAUCUUGGCGUCAUUCAAUCUUUGGCUUUGGGAUACAUUCACCGUGAAAUCCUGACUGGGCUUUUUGUUGUGGGUGCUUUCUGGCCGGUAACAUUGGGCUUCUCAUUCUUGCGAUCCCAUCUUUUCUUAAGCUUGCUAUGGUUCUUUUCCUGCUUGGCUAUGAGCACAUUCACCUUACUCCCAGCCAUGAAAGUUGAAAACGUCUCUCUUAUACUGGCUGGUGGUGGACUAAUGACUGUCAUUGGUUUGGCUUACUUGGUCCUUGAGGACUUCAUCUUAUCAGACUUCACGACAUUCAAGGCCAAAUCGAAACGUCUUGGCACAAGCCGGACUCUUGUUGGAAUUCAAGUUGGCCUUAUUAUUCUCGCAACAUUUGUUACAUACUCCAGCGCUACGUCACUACAAGCCAAGCUUGGUCUUCCAAAGGGAAAUCAAAUCGUUGGUUGGUUUGUUCUAGUUGUAUCGCUCCUGAUGCCAUUGGCAUAUCGACUACAGCCCAACAGCCACUACAUGCAUCGCCUUGCCAUCAUCUUCCUAACAUGUGCUCCAACGUUUGUCAUUUUGACUAUUUCAUACGAAGGGCUGUUUUAUGUCGCUUUCAGCAUCACUUUGCUGGCCUGGGUGCGUCUCGAGUACGCAGCCCACGCCUUCUCGGAAGGCAAGGCCAAAAAGGAGGCGGCUGUCGCUGAAAGCCAGCAGCGCAAGCUGGGCACUUUCCGACCCCUGACUCUGUCUGAUGCACGUAUUGCACUGUUCUUUAUGGUCCUGCUUCAGUCAGCGUUCUUUAGCACGGGCAAUAUUGCCUCCAUCUCAUCGUUCAGCUUGGAAAGUGUCUCGCGUUUGAUUCCAGUGUUCGACCCCUUUUCGCAAGGAGCGCUACUGAUCCUCAAGAUCAUCAUUCCCUUCUUCCUCAUAUCAGCCAACCUUGGAGUGCUGAACAAGAGAUUGGGUGUGGCGCCAUCCGCUCUUUUCAUGGUUGUUCUUACCGCGAGCGACGUUCUGACACUCUACUUCUUCUGGGUUGUCAAAGAUGAGGGAUCAUGGUUGGAAAUUGGUUCAACCAUCACUCACUUCGCUAUUGCCAGCUUCUUGUGUGUUUUUGUUGCGGCUCUCGAGUUCGUGAGCGCAGCUUUUAUUGCUGGCAUUGAGGUCGAGGACACGAGAUCGGCCGCGAUAGCCAACACAAGUACCAAGCCAAAUGGCAAGGAGCCCUUGGCAGUUAAGGCAGAGUAG